UGAAAGUAUUCACCAAUUAUAAGAUGCCACGUGUAAGAUUCUAACUGGGUUCCCAAAUUUUCUCCCACAUAUCUCUGAUUCAUCUCCUUCUAUUCUCCACAGUCACCCCCCAUUUUUCAUUUUUUCAUUGUUUCUGCUCUUUCUAUGCUUGAGAAUGUAAUACCUGAUCUACUUUUAAUAUUUUUCAACGCAAUUUACUGAAAUUAUUUAAAAUUCUGCUUACCUAAAUCCAAAGAUGGGGUCUUUUGAUGAUAGUGCUUGGGAUUUACCCCUUAAUUAUUUCAUUGAUGAUGUUUCUUCCCCUAAUUUCUCUUGGGUUGAUCCCAGUUCUAGCAUCAAUAUUGACUUUUCACAGACAGGUAGUAUGAGGCAAGAACUAGAGUCAGAGGGGCAACAUCCAAGAAAAAGUUCUUGCAUCCAAAUUGAUUUUUCGAAGAUAAGUAGUGUGGUAAAAGAACAAGAUUGUGAACUAGAAUGCUCCAAGAAAAGGGGACGUGCAACUUUAUGUAGUAAACCGAAGAGUAAAGCUUUUCGUGAAAGGGAGAGACGCGAGAAGUUGAAUGAUAGCUUUUUGAACUUGAGCUCUAUCUUGGAACCGGGAAGAGCUGCUAAAACCGACAAAUUAGCUAUAUUAUCCGAUGCUAUUAGAGUUGUGAAGCAACUACGGAUUGAAGCUGAAGAGUAUAAAGAGGAGAAUAAAAAGCUACAAGAAGAGAUUGAGAGUUUAAAGGCUGAAAAGAACGAACUUCGAGAUGAGAAAUCGACAUUGAAGGCAGAAAAAGAAAAGAUGGAGCAGCAAAUGAAAGCUAUGGCUGUCCCUGGGGCUGGUAUGAUCCCUCCUUACCCGCCAGCCUAUCAAGCUGGGCCAAAUAAGAUGGCUCUUUACCCUAGCUAUGGUAUGUUUCCUAUGUGGCAUUAUCUACCACCCUCCACCCGAGAUACAUCUCGUGAUCAUGAACUCAGGCCUCCUGCUGCUUAAGAUCAGAGGAUGUGCUAGUUCUCUUCUCUGUAAGGAUUUUGUAACAUUCUUCUCAAGUUUUGUCUUGUCAUUUAUCUUAAUUUAUAUAAUGUGAUCAUGAACCGGUUUCUUCAGCUUGAAAGUAGCCAGAGACUAUGGCCUAAAGGCCAUAGACAGUGCCUGUAUUAUGUAAGUACACUAUUGGAGACUCCUAUAAAUGAUUUACUGCCUGUUUUUUUUCUGUGUA